AUGGCGGCGCGGGCGGCGGAGGCGGCGGAGGCGGCGCGGGCGGAGGCGGCGGCGGCGGCGGAGGCGGCGCGGGCGGAGGCGGAGGCGGCAAAAGAAACGGCGGCGGCGGAGGCGGCGCGGGCGGCGGAGGCGGCGGAGGCGGCGCGGGCGGAUGCGGCGGCGGCGAAAGAAACGGCGGCGGCGGCAGAGGCGGCGCGAGUGGAGGCGGAGGCGGCGACGGAGACGGCGCGGGCGGAGGCGGAGGCGGCGAAAGAACAGACGGCGGCGGCGGAGGCUGCGCGAGUGGAGGCGGAGGCGGCGACGGAGGCGGCGCGGACGGAGGCGGAGGCGGCGAAAGAAAAGGCAGCAGCGGCGACGGAGGCGGCGCGAGUGGAGGCGGAGGCGGCGAAAGAAAAGGCGGCGGCGGCAGAGGCGGCGCGAGUGGAGGCGGAGGCGGCGGCAGAGGCGGCGCGGACGGAGGCGGAGGCGGCGAAAGAAAAGACGGCGGCGGCGGAGGCUGCGCGAGUGGAGGCGGAGGCGGCGACGGAGGCGGCGCGGGCGGAGGCGGCGGCGGCGAAAGAAAAGGCGGCGGCGGCAGAGGCGGCGCGAGUGGAGGCGGAGGCGGCGACGGAGGCGGCGCGAGUGGAGGCGAAGGCGGCGACGGAGGCGGCGCGGGCGGAGGCGGAGGCAGCAAAACAAAAGGCGGCGGCGGCAGAGGCGGCGCGAGUGGAGGCGGAGGCGGCGACGGAGGCGGCGCGGGCGGAUGCGGAGGCGGCGAAAGAAAAGACGGCGGCGGCAGAGGCGGCGCGAGUGGAGGCGGAGGCGGCUAAAGAAAAGUCGGCGGCGGCAGAGGCGGCGCGAGUGGAGGCGGAGGCGACGGAGGCGGCGCGGGCGGAGGCAGAGGCGGCGAAAGAAAAGGCGGCGGCGGCAGAGGCGGCGCGAGUGGAGGCGGAGGCGGCGACGGAGGCGGCGCGGGCGGAGGAGGAGGCGAUGCGAGUGGAGGCGGCAGCGGCGACGGAGGCGGCGCGAGUGGAGGCGGAGGCAGCAACAGAAAAGGCGGCGGCGGCGGAGGCUGCGCGAGUGGUGGCGGAGGCGGCGACGGAGGCGGCGCGAGUGGAGGCGGAGGCGGCGACGGAGGCGGCGCGAGUGGAGGCGGAGGCGGCGACGGAGGCGGCGCGGGCGGAGGCGGAGGCGGCGAAAGAAAAGGCGGCGGCGGCAGAGGCGGCGCGAGUGGAGGCGGAGGCGGCGACGGAGUCGGCACGAGUGGAGGCGGAGGCGGCGACGGAGGCGGCGCGGGCGGAGGCGGAGGCGGCGAAAGAAAGGGCAGCAGCGGCGACGGAGGCGGCGCGAGUGGAGGCGGAGGCAGCAAAAGAAAAGGCGGCGGCGGCAGAGGCGGCGCGAGUGGAGGCGGAGGCGGCGACGGAGACGGCGCGGGCGGAGGCGGAGGCGGCGAAAGAACAGACGGCGGCGGCGGAGGCUGCGCGAGUGGAGGCGGAGGCGGCGACGGAGGCGGCGCGGACGGAGGCGGAGGCGGCGAAAGAAAAGGCAGCAGCGGCGACGGAGGCGGCGCGAGUGGAGGCGGAGGCGGCGAAAGAAAAGGCGGCGGCGGCAGAGGCGGCGCGAGUGGAGGCGGAGGCGGCGGCAGAGGCGGCGCGGACGGAGGCGGAGGCGGCGAAAGAAAAGACGGCGGCGGCGGAGGCUGCGCGAGUGGAGGCGGAGGCGGCGACGGAGGCGGCGCGGACGGAGGCGGAGGCGGCGAAAGAAAAGGCGGCGGCGGCAGAGGCGGCGCGAGUGGAGGCGGAGGCGGCGACGGAGGCGGCGCGAGUGGAGGCGAAGGCGGCGACGGAGGCGGCGCGGGCGGAGGCGGAGGCAGCAAAACAAAAGGCGGCGGCGGCAGAGGCGGCGCGA